AUAUUACGCUCGACUGAUUCCAAUGCAUAUCAAAUUGAAAUAGUAUACAAGAUUUACGAUCGAAUUGUUAGUAGACCAAUUUAAACCUAAAAAAAGACGUAGUUGGAUGUAUAUUUACGAUUUGUAAAUUAUAUCGUACAGUGGUGAAAUGUUUCUUUUUAUGUGACAUAGCUUUAUUUAACAGCUGUCGUUUAAACAUUGGAGCACUUCUCAUGUAUAAUUUGUGGUUAAUGGAAUUUUGAAGGUAUCGCGUUUUGAUGCCCGGUUCACCUGUUUGUCGAAGUACAUGUAAAUCAUCUAAUAAUGAUAAGGCAGACAAAGUGAACUUUGAGUCUUCGGUCAUAACCAUGUAAAAAUCUGCCUAAGUCUAAAAGUCUCAGCACCAGACUGUUAUGGAGGCAAAGUUGAAAUUCGUGGAUACAUUGACUGUUGGACUUGAGAACAUGUUGUCGUCGGGAAACCAUGCUGAUGUUACAAUCGUUGUCGAUGGGAAGGUCUUCCCGUGUCAUAAGGUAAUAUUAUGCGCAAUGUCAUCCUAUUUUGAUGCGAUGUUUAAUCAUGACAUGAUUGAGACACGUGGAGGAAUCGUGACAUUGUAUGACAUUGAACCGGAAAUAUUUGAUCGUCUGCUGAGAUUCAUGUACACUGGAGUCGAUGUUGUGGACCAAACUAACGCUGAGCGAAUAUUCCGCGCGUCUUCAAUGUUGCAAAUUCCUUGUCUACAAGAACGGUGUGAGGAUUUCCUACUUACACAAGUUUCAAAAGAAAACUGUAUAGGAAUAUGGAAAAUAGCCAGGGCGCACAACUGUAAGAAUCUUGUUCAAAUCGCACAGCUGACCCUUCUAGAACUAUUUAUAGAUAUCUCAAUGUCAGACGAGUUUCAAAAACUUGACGCAGACGAGCUGAUAGACAUUGUUAAAAACGAUGAACUUUCCGUACCAAACGAAGAGAGCGUCUGUGAAGCGGUGAUGAUGUGGGUGAACUUUGAACCUUCACGUCAAGCCGAACUUGGCAAAUUACUGCAAGUUCUUCGUCUGCCUCUAGUUUCACCGGACUAUUUAUUUACACUCCUCCGCGAGGAUCUAGUUCUUAGUUCGCAGGCGAAUAAAUGCGUACAAGAAGCAUUUAAGUACCAUCUUUGCCCGGCUAAGCGCCCAUUUUUUAGUGGAGACCGAUUUACUCAACGUAAGAUGAGCGAUAGAAAUGACUCGCUGGUAGUUAUAGGUGGUCUUUUGAAAACAGUUCCAAGAUUCCAGACGACAAAGGAAGUCGUCUGCUACAGCUUCCAACAAGAACAAUGGUAUUAUUUACCUUCUAUGCCUUAUGACCCCGGCUAUGAAUUCGCCGUCUGCUCAUAUGGAUCAGAUAUUUAUGUAUCAGGAGGUUGGUUAAAACUGAAAGGCAUGGCUGUAUUUAAAGGUGAAAAGAAUAAAUGGAAGACUUGUGACGUCAUGGCAAACGGACGAUGUGGUCACGCAAUGGUUGCACUGACACAUUCUGUGUAUGUCUUCGGUGGAAGGGACGGUACAGCACCGGCCAUGACUAAUAUAGAAGAAUUUGACAUAGGGGCAAAGAAAUGGAAACAGGCAGGAGAACUCAUUUUAGGAAUUCGUUCAAUGUCGUCUGCUGUAAUUGGUGAAAAUAUUUUCCUAUUCGGUGGAAUCACUGAAAACGACAAAGACUCUGACCGCGUACAAUGUUUUGACACACGUAACGGCAAUGCAACUAUAAUAGGUGAACUACCAUUUGCAUGUAGGCUCACAAGAACUGUUAUCAUUAACAAAAUUGUUUAUAUUGUUUUACCAGAUGGCCGAAUAAUGAUUUUCGACACGACUGUGACACCGCGGAGGGUCAUACAGUCGCUCUCAGAGCUUUCAUUUUCCUUCGAUGCCGAUGACGAUCAAUCGGAGGUUUCACCACCGCCAAGAGAAUCGCCUUUGCUUCCGUCGCCCUCCUCGCCAAAGUCUGUCGUGUCAACAUCGGUGUCUGAUAAAGAACAUGUUCUUGCGAAAGUCAUCGGUCGAAUCGCGGGUUUCAAUCAACACCACUUCGAAGCUAUACAACAUAGAGGAAACAUUCUGCUUGUUGGCGGGAAAACUCCGGACAAUACAAUUCUUCGAGAUGCCAUGAUUGUUGACCCCACAAAUUCGAAACUAUUGUCACACAUUGAAAUGCCGUCUGCUAGAUGGUGUUUCGGUUGUGAAAAGAUAUCGCUGAGGAAGGAAUAUCUGCAAAAUGCGAUUGGAGUAGUAUAAAAUAAAAAAGAUAACUGCUGGAUAUUUAAAAUUUGUUUUACUGUCUAAGGGGUAUAUUGUUCUAUAAUUGUAAUCUGGAUAAAGAGUAGUGGUACAAAAUCUAUAAUUAAAAGAGAAAUGUUUACAAAUUUUCGAUAAAAGCGGGUGCACAGUGCUAAAUCUAUUGUACUUUAUUAGGAAAUAGUUUAUAAAAUUUUAUACUGUUCUCUUUUAUAAUGCGAUAUUCGCUUUGUUUAUACCUCUCUCCAGACCACAAUGAUAUAAGAAGUUUAUAGAUUAUUAUAUUAUAUAAUACUUAUAAUUCGCUAAAUAGAUUCGCACCCUGUUCAAUGAUUGAAUUUUAUAGAUAAUUUAGAUGGUUGUGUAUAAAAAUACCAUGUGCUUUCAUUUCGUACUUUUUUUGUUCUUUUGUGACAUAAAUAUGUUUUCAUAACUAAACACUUUAUUUGAGCUGCUGGGCAGUGUUUUAUUUUAUGUUAACAUUUAUACAUAUCAAAGGCGUAUCAAGAUAUUUUGAAAAUCUAUAUACAAUGUAAAUUUAGUUAUUAUUUAAUGGCUGCAAAGUUCGAUAUAUGUUUUAAUGUACAUGUAUUUCUUAUUUAGAAUUUAAGGAACUCGACUGAGGUUUCUUGACAUUAAAGGGACUGUCAAUAUUUUUCGAGAUUUUUAUACCCUUGAUGUAGGUCAUUUCAAUAACUUGUGUGCAAUUCGUUCACAUUGUUUUACCAGAAAAAAAUCAUUCUAUAAGUGAAAAAUGACAUUAAAUAAGUGUUAAAAACCUUAUGAAAUCAAGUCAAGCAAAGAAUCGCAUUAAAUAUACAUUUUUAUUGAAUUCUGAGUAUAUUUCAUUCUUAUCUUUUUCAUAUUUUUUUUUCCAAAUUUAAUGUUUUAUAGACUAUAGAAGUGGAGGUCCUUUAAAAUAACGUAUGGUUAAAUUUGUUUAAAACCCUGAAUGUACAUGAAUGUUUAAAUUAACGUAUGGUUUUAUUUGUUUAAAACCCUGAAUGUACAUGUAUGUUUACUUUAUGCAAUACAUAGCAACAGAAGAUAAAUACUGCAUUUAAUGUAAAUGUUUUAUGUUAUUUUCUCCGAUUUCAAGUCAGAUUGCAAGAGCUGCAAGGGUUUUAGAUAUACGACAUGAUCAAAUAACUGUGGCAGAAUAGUAAACAAAUAGUAAACAGUA